AUGGCUAACUGUCCUCCACACUGGACCGGUGCAGCAUGUGACUGGCCAAUUUGUGUGCACGGAAGAGCAAAUCCAGCGACAAAGCUCUGUAAUUGCUACAAUUAUUAUUCACCUCCGUUUUGUAUAUCAUGUUUGCCAGGUUAUUGGGGUGAAUCAUGUGAUCGUCAACCUUUGAAAGGGGUCACUUCUGCAAGUGAUUUCCCAAUUCGCAUUCCUCCGUUCCUUGUGAAACCAAUGCUUUUUGCAAUUGCAUUGUUAUUCGUCGUAUUGAUUCUGUUUCUCGUUUACAGAGUCCGCAUCUACAUCCGAAAUCGCAGACCACCUCGUUACGAUGACAUCGCCAAAGACUUGCCACCUCCGUACUCUUCAUAA